GGAAGCGUCCCAUAACCCGGAAGCGUUUCCAGCGUUGCUAUGGCCGUGCUACAGUCUGCCGCUCUCGCCUGUGUGUCGCUGGCUAAUUUUAUUUUCGUCUCCUGGAGCACGGUGCAGUUCAUGGCUUUCGUUUCCCUGCGGCAGAUUUACCGGGACGGCGGGAGGCCGGGAGCGACAGCAGACCCGCAAACAGAUGCACACGAACGCAUGGAUUGGGGGUCCGCCCUCGGAGACCGGGAAGUUCUCCUGACUCUCCUGUUCAAUUUGGCACUCCUUAUGUUCUUUAUUCUGCAACACAGCCUCAUGGCAACAGAGACGGUGAAGAACUGGACGCUGGCUGCCUUCGGAGUGCUCCAGAGAUCGCUCUAUGUAUUCUGCACAGCAGCUUCUCUUCAGCUGCUGAUGGGGUACUGGAAGCCAAUCCAGACUGCCCCCUUGCUGUGGAACGUCUGCAGGGAGCCCUACGCUACCUGGUUCCCACUGAUCUGCUUCAUUGUUCACAUCAUUGCCUGGCUGAUCAUCUUCAGCAUCGUCCUCAUCUUCGACUAUGCCGAGCUCAUGGGCCUCAAGCAGGUUUAUUACCACUGCCUUGCCCUUGGGGACCCAAUGGAGCUGAAGUCACAGAGGGCCCAGCGCCUUUACAGCCACCUGCGGCAUCCGGUCUUCUUGGAGUUCCUGGUCAUCCUGUGGCUGGUGCCGAGCCUGUCCCUGGACCGGCUGCUGCUCUCCGCCACCUUCACCCUGUACCUGAUCUGUGGCCACGGUCUCGACCAGCAGGACUACCACUACCUGCGCUCUCAGCUCAACAAGAAGUUCGAGAUCUUCUCCCGGGAGGAGGCGGCGUACGCCCACCCAGCCAAUCGCAACGGGAUGGGCGAGCAUCAGGAGUAACCAGGGCAGCCUGGCCGAGGACCUUCCUAUCGAUCGCCACUGUUCCUCCACCGUCCCGUUUUCCCCCCCCCCCCUCCCCCCAGCGCCCCCCAACAGCAGAUAAACAGGACUCGUUUUAUACAGAGAAUGAGAAACGUAACAGUCUGGUGAGAGACUUCAGCUGUUUCCCCUCCUCUGUUAUCGCCCUGGGUCCUACCCCUGCUGUGGACGCACGGGUUGCCCGUGGAGUAAAGCCGCGUUUAUUCUGCCUCAGCGAUGUGCCUUCGACCACUGGCCCCCAGCCAAGCCCUCACUCCUGCUCCCGUGCCGUAUCAAUGCUUUCCCGCAGCCAGCAGACGGGACAAACUCGACUCUCAUCCAUGCUGGACAGGCUCUGCUCAAACAGGAAAGUUUCUGCAGAAGAACCAGUAAAAAGUGUUGCAAACAGUCUUACGGAGGAGCUGGGCGUUGAGUUCCUCCAGCGGCUGGUCUGUUGCUCCAGGUUCCAGUAUCUGCUUGUGUCUCGUGUCUCCAGUGAAAGGUGUACCUUAGUUAACUUACGACAUUCAGCCCAUUGUGUUGGUGACCAUCACAAAAGAAGUACCUGGCCUGAUCUCGCCUUCUGGCACUAGGUAUGCAGCCUUGCAGGUCACUGCUCUUCCAGUACCCUUUGAGGAACUUUUUAAACAUGGUGAGAGUUUCUGCCUCUUUUCCCCACUCCUCCCCCUGUCCGGCCAGUGACUUCCGGAGCCCCCACUGCCUUCCAGGUGAAAAUAGUUCUCCUCAUCAUCCCUCUAAUCCUUCCACUAGUUACAUCAGACCCAUGACCACUGGAUUCGAGACAGAGUGAGAGGCCGCUGGUAUAACUGUCCAUCAACUCUGGUUCAACUGGGGACUUGUGUUCAACUGGGAAGAGUGAGCUAGAGUGUCCCAGCUACACCGAUUCCUGGAUCAAUAGUGUUUGAAGCCUCCCUGCCAGUGAGAACCUAUGUCUCACCCACAGUAACAUGAAACACUGUCAGAAAACCUGAUAUUUUUAUAAGAAUUUUUAUAUUAAAAAGAUUCAUAUCCUUAGAAAAAGAUGCAUUCAUCAUGUUGAAAAAUCUAAAUUUGCUUUGGAUGUUGAGUUGUGGAAUUCAAGGAACGUUAUGAUUUUUUUUAUUGGAAAAAUAUACAAAGCCAUAAAAAAUUGCAAACCUAUAAUCCAGUCCAUAUCUGUCGUCAUUCACAAUGCCUGAUGAAUCGUUCUGCUUUCUCACUAGAUGUUAUCAGUGUGUUGCCCAUCUACGUCAUGUUAGUAAGUGUGUAAAGGAACGUUGUUUCUGUUUGUUGAGAUCACAAUGUCCUAUCUGAUUUUGCAGAUCUCAGUAGGAUGAGGGCGUCUGAGAGGACUUUCCAAGAAACUAAGGAAAUUGUGACUUCUUUUAAAAAAAAUUUGCAGGUUUCUCUUUGAAAGGAUUAUGCUUAAAAUCAUCUGCAACAUACAGUACGUCCUUAAUAUGGUGCAUCUCAUUCCAUUGCAGUUUCAGAUAUACCAUUCCUCAGGAUGAUGUGCUUUUUAUCCCAGGGUCACAGGAAGGCAGUAAUGUUCCCUGCAGAAUGUAACAGACCUUUGUGAGAGCCCCCCUAAUGGACGGCAGCAUUGAGGAGGGAGCAAUAAAUCCUGGGAAAGGAUGGGAAGUCCAGUGGGGAUCUGUUCUACAAGUUGUAGCAGUGGGAUACAGAAAUGGGAGGUCAGUGGAAAGAAUGGGGCUGAACAUUGAGGAAAUCUGUUCAAACUCUGUGUGCGUCUGUACUGCACAAUAUUUUAAAAAAGAGUGGUUCCAAAGUUGGCAGAUAAUGUGGGUGUUAAAUUUUUCCCCUGUCACCCCAAGGUUGCAGUGUAUUAUUGGAAUCCAUUUAGCCAUUUGACAAUAUGCGGUGAAUCGUUUGAAGUCAACAAUUUGGUUGGUCCUGGCUAAUCAGCAACCUCACUCCAUCAACCUGCCUUCUGAUCGUAUCACUGAAUAAGCUCGGUCAGCAAAAAAUCUCGACGGAGAUUUAAAGCCCACUUUUGCCCCAGCAGCAGUCAAAAGAGAGUUCCAAACUUUGGCCACAUCCACGUGUACAAGUGUUUUCCAACAUCGACACUGGCUCUGCUGUGACUCCCCACCAGUGAGAGUGGUUGUGCUCUCUCUGUCUCGGUGUGGGGCGAGAGCUUGGGGUGGCUGGUAAGUCCUCUCGGGCAGGGGGAGUGUCAAUUAGGAGCAGGGGUGGAUCACCCGGCCAUUUGAACCUGCUCCACCAAUUCAUAACAACAUGGCUCAUUCCAUUGUGAUCUCAACCUCAUCAUUCCCACCCAUGCACAGUGACCUUUCACUCCAUUGCUCAUCAAGAAUCUCUCCACCUCUGACAAAAACAUUCAAGUUCCAAAGAUUCCCGACCCUCUGAGAGAAAGCAAUUUGGCUUCAUCCUCGUCCUGAAGGGUGCCUCUUGUUUCUAAACGGCGAUCCUUCCCCCGUAUUCUGGAUUCUCC